CGGUGGGAGCCGCGGCCGCGGUGGCGUUGGAGGGGGCGGCCCCGCGUCCGUGUCACGUGGUACGAGGCGGGCAGCCAUCUUGCUACAAACACAAACAGAGAGGAGCGGCCGCCGCGGGAGCGCCAGCGCCCCCCCCAGUCCCCCCUGCCGCUGCCGCCGCCGCCGUCCCGGCCCUCCGCGCCACCCGCCCGUCACCGCCGCCGCCGCCGCGCCCGGGUCACCAACGCCCCGGGGGACCGGGAACCUCGCGCCCCCCGAUUCCUGGCGUCCUGCAGCGGAUGGGGACUGGAGAGGCACACUGGUCCAGCCUGUGAUAAAAACCCACGCAUUCCCCCUGGACACUGCCUGUCCUUUCUCCUCUACUCUGCCCUUCCUGAGAGUCUCCUACCCAGGACCCUAGAGGAACUUGCCCCUGUUGCUGCCACUGCUGCCUCAUUAGCCACUAGAGACUGAACUUGCCUCUUCCCAUAUGGAUCUUUCCCAGAUGUGAAAGUUUCUCCCAGGCACUUGUGAGGCGAGAGCUAGUUGCUUGGGGAUCCUAGUUCAGCGCAGCCCAGGCCCUGUGAGACCAGAGCCCUUGUUUCCCUGGACAGAACUGUCAGGUGAGUGUUGGGCCACCAGAGGGCGUCCCACUGAGCUGGAAGGGGCUCAGGCUUCCUUGUUCCCUCACUCCCUAGGACUCUCCCCUACCCUGACUCAGCUUUGGUUAACUCAUGGUGUGAGUGGUCACCUGUCUGGUGUAGGUAUUUGGACAGUACUCACCUGGUCCUGUCUCUGCCAUUCAUCCUUGACCUUUGAGAAGCAUCGAAGCUCCACAAUGGCAGCAGAGACACUCAACUUUGGGCCUGAGUGGCUGAGAGCCCUUUCGAGUGGUGGCAGUGUGGCCUCUCCACCCCCAUCUCCUGCCAUGCCCAAAUACAAGCUGGCAGAUUACCGCUAUGGGCGAGAGGAGAUGCUGGCCCUCUAUGUCAAGGAGAACAAGGUCCCCGAGGAACUACAGGACAAGGAGUUUGCUGCGGUGUUACAAGAGGAACCCCUGCAACCCCUGGCUCUGGAGCCUCUGACUGAGGAGGAGCAGAGAAACUUCUCGCUGUCGGUGAACAGUGUGGCUGUGCUGAGACUGAUGGGGAAAGGGGCUGGGCCCCCUUUGGCUGCCACCUCCCGUGGCAGGGGCAGCACUCGGAGCCGAGGGCGAGGCCGUGGUGACAGCUGCUUUUACCAAAGAAGCAUUGAGGAAGGCGAUGGGGCCUUUGGAAGGAAUCCUCGGGAGAUCCAGCGAAGCCAAAGCUGGGAUGACAGAGGUGAGAGGCGGUUUGAGAAGCCUGCAAGGAGGGAUGGAGUACGAUCUGGCUUUGAGGAGGGAGGGGCUGGCCCAAGGAAGGAGCAUGCACGCUCAGACAGUGAGAAUUGGCGCUCACUUCGAGAGGAGCAAGAGGAUGAUGGCAGCUGGAGACUUGGGGCAGGACCCCGGCGAGAUGGUGAUCGCUGGCGUUCCACCAGCCCUGAUGGUGGUCCCCGCUCUGCUGGCUGGCGGGAACAUGGGGAGAGGAGGCGCAAGUUUGAUUUUGAUUUGCGAGGGGAGCGCGGAGGGUGUGGUGAAGAGGACGGGCGGGUUGGGGGCGGCAACUCUCACCUCCGGAGAUGCCGGGGGCUCGAUGGCUUUGAAGAUGACAAGGAUGGGCUCCCCGAGUGGUGCCUGGAGGAUGAGGAUGAGGAGAUGGGCACUUUCGAUGCCUCCGGAGCCUUCCUGCCCCUCAAGAAGGGCCCCAAGGAAGCCAUCCCUGAGGAGCAGGAGCUUGAUUUCCGGGGCCUGGAGGAGGAGGAGGACGAGGAGCCGGCAGAAGGGGUGGAUGAAGAGAGGCCUGAGGCAGGAGGGAAGGAAGCAACCCCAGUGCCGCCUCCAGAGAACUCCAGCUCACCGUCUUCACUGCCAGCCUUGGGUCCUCUCUGGACGACAAAUGAGGAGGGUGGUGAGGCAGUGGAGAAAGAGCUGCCCCCUGCUGAAGGUGACGAGUUGAGGGGACUGUCUCUGAGUCCUAGAAUGAGUUCACCUCCUGGCCCACCUGGAGAUCUAGAAGAUGAAGAAGGCUUGAAGCACUUGCAGCAGGAGGCAGAGAAGCUGGUGGCCUCCCUGCAGGACAGCUCCCUAGAAGAGGAGCAGUUCACCGCUGCCAUGCAAACCCAGGGCCUACGCCACUCCACAGCUGCCACUGCCCUUCCCCUCAGCCAUGGCGCUGCCCGAAAGUGGUUCUACAAGGACCCACAGGGGGAAAUCCAAGGCCCUUUCACGACCCAGGAGAUGGCUGAGUGGUUCCAGGCUGGCUACUUCUCCAUGUCACUCUUAGUGAAGAGGGGCUGCGAUGAGGGUUUCCAGCCUCUGGGAGAGGUGAUCAAGAUGUGGGGCCGUGUGCCCUUUGCCCCAGGGCCCUCGCCACCCCCGCUGCUGGGGAACAUGGAUCAGGAGCGGCUGAAGAAGCAGCAGGAGCUGGCUGCGGCCGCCCUGUACCAGCAGCUGCAGCACCAGCACUUUCUGCAGCUGGUUGGCAGCCGCCAGCUCCCGCAGUGUACAACGCUCCGGGAAAAGGCAGCUAUGGGGGACCUGACGCCGCCGCAGCAGCAGCAGCUCACUACGUUCCUGCAGCAGCUCCAGGCUCUCAAAACCUCCAGAGGUGGAGACCAGAACCUGCUCCCGACGAUGAGCCGGUCCUUGUCGGUGCCAGAUUCAGGCCCCCUCUGGGACUUACAUACCUCAGCUUCAUCACAGUCAGGUGGUGAGGCCAGUCUUUGGGACAUACCAAUUAACUCUUCGACUCAGGGUCCAAUUCUAGAACAGCUCCAACUGCAGCAUAAAUUUCAAGAGCGCAGAGAAGUGGAGCUCAGGGCGAAGCGGGAGGAGGAGGAGCGCAAACGACGGGAGGAGAAGCGGCGCCAGCAGCAGCAGCAGCAGGAGGAGCAGAAGCGACGGCAGGAAGAGGAGGAGCUCUUUCGGCGCAAGCAGGUACGGCAGCAGGAAUUGUUGCUGAAGCUGCUACAGCAGCAGCAAGCGACGAAUGUCCCUGUGCCCCCUGCACCCAGCUCCCCACCUCCGCUCUGGGCUGGCCUAGCCAAGCAGGGCCUGUCCAUGAAGACUCUGCUGGAGCUGCAGAUGGAAAGUGAGCGCCAACUGCACAAGCAGGUGGCACCGCGGGAUCCUCUGCGGGCCCAGGCCCCCAACCACCGAGUGCAGCUUGGGGGCUUGGGCUCUGCCCCUCUGAACCAGUGGGUGUCUGAGGCUGGGCCACUAUGGGGCGGGCCAGACAAGAGUGGGGGCAGCAGCGGUGGCAACCUGGGACUCUGGGAAGAUACUCUCAAGAGUGGCGGGAGCCUGGCCCGAAGCCUGGGCCUAAAGAACAGUCGGAGCAGCCCGUCUCUCAGUGACUCGUACAGCCACCUGUCAGGCCGACCUGUUCGCAAAAAGACAGAAGAGGAAGAGAAGUUGCUGAAGCUGCUGCAGGGCAUACCUCGGCCCCAGGACGGCUUCACGCAGUGGUGUGAGCAAAUGCUGCACACCCUGAGCACUGCAGGCAGCCUGGACGUUCCCAUGGCUGUCGCCAUCCUCAAGGAGGUGGAGUCCCCUUACGAUGUCCAUGAUUAUAUUCGUUCCUGCCUGGGGGACACGCUGGAAGCCAAAGAAUUUGCCAAACAAUUCCUGGAGCGGAGGGCCAAGCAGAAAGCCAGCCAGCAGCGGCAGCAGCAGCAGCAGCAGCAGCAGGAGGCCUGGCUGAGCAGCCCCUCCCUACAAACAGCCUUCCAGGCCAACCACAGCACCAAACUGGGCCCUGGGGAGGGCAGCAAGGCCAAAAGGCGGGCGCUGAUGCUUCACUCCGACCCUAGCAUCUUGGGGUACUCCCUGCAUGGCCCUUCCGGUGAGAUCGAGAGCGUGGAUGACUACUGACCAGCCUGUCCCACCAGCCCCCUGGGCCUUAGAUUCGGGUGGCGGCAGCAGCAUGGACCCUUGGGUCUCCAGCCUGCAGGCUCCCACAGGGAGCAGAGGAGGAAGCGAGCGAGCGAGUGGGGCAGGGUCCCCAGCACUUGUUACAAACCACACGAUGCACCUUAACUCACCCGCCACGAGGCACUUUACAGAUGGGGGAGGGGCCUUUCUUUUCCUCUUUAAUUUUAAACAUUAGAAGAGACAAAAAUAUCAUCCAAAAGCUAGACGGUAGACCCUUUCACCCCUUUGGGAAUAAUGGGUGUGACAUUGGAAGGUCCACAGAGGUUUGUUUUUGUUUUUUUUGUUUUGUUUUUAUUUUUAUUUUUUAGAAAAAAAAAAGUUAAAAAAAUAAUGAAAAAAAUAGUUAGGCUGAAAGGAAAAAAAAAAUCACACUGUUAUUUUUGGCCAGUGGGUACCAGGUCCCAUGGAACUGUCCUGUCUGGCUUCCCUGAGGCUGCACUUACCCUGCUGCCCCAGAAGGUGGGUCAUUGGGGUGACUGUCAGCUGGGUGCUGACAGUUUGCACAGCGAGCGAGCAGAGGCCCUCUCCAGAAGCCCCGCCCACUGGACCUGCUGUGAUCAGCUCCUGUGGCCGUUACUGUGGCAGGUGUCCUGGUAAGGGGCCAGAGUCGCCCCUCACCUCAGCUGCUUUGGGAGGAACGUUGCACAAAUUGGACGAGCUGCCUCAGCUCCCUCUCCCCAUCCCCCGAAACAGCCCUCCCACACUGAGGGAGCUGGGGAAAGCCCUGUCAGUGCCAGCCUGUCAGGUGGGCUCUGAACUCAGGCCUGCUGAGGGGCUGACCCCCACUGCUGCCAUUUCGGGGGACAGCCUGGGUGUGACACUGAAAGCCCCAGCUCCCUGCCUUUGCCACAUGAAUGUAUUCUCUGGCCCCCAAGCCUGUCUCACCCACUCUGAGAAGGGACACAGCCCUUCCUCCAGGAGCUGGAGAACACCCCUCCUUUUAUCAUGGCCAAGGCCUUGCUUGUGAGGGAAGGACAGGGAAGGAGUGGCUUGGGGCGGAACCUGGGGGGGGCGUGGUGAGAACCCCCUGAUCAGCAGCCAGCUGUGUGGGAAGCAGACCACAGCUCUGUACCUGACCCUUACAUUGACCAAAUGGGAGAGGAGUGAGCAGCCCCUCUCCUUGAUGUUUUUUGUGUUGGGUGUAAGGCUGGAGGUUGAGAGCGCCUGUGUCCUGGCUGGGGGCUGCCUUGCCUGUUGCUCACCGACCUCACUCCUAGCCCCCCCCCCCGCCCCCGCCCAGGCUUGUCUUCAUUGUUGUUUGGCUCCUCCCCCCCCCUUUUCUUUUUAAUAUACUGUGUUAGUGACUCUCCCAUCAACCUCAUUGCUCAGAAUGCAGUAUUAGGGCGAGCGAGCAAGCCUGCCACUGCCUCCUCCAUGAAUGUAUUUCUCGUUUCUGCCCUGGGGAAGUGGGGAGUGGCCCCAGGUUCUUCUUUCUCAUCCAUCCCCACAGAGGUGACCUUUUGUUUUCCUUUCCAUUUUUUUUUUUUUUUUUUUUUUUUUUUUUUUUUUUUUUUUUUUUGCACCAAAGUGGCAAUUGGGUCAGUGUUGGGGAUCAGGCUGGCUUUGGGUGGAAGGGCCCCUCCACCUGCUUCUCCCUGGUUUUGACAGUGUUAGCGUCUGUGAAAAGACAAUAUUCUCUCUAAAGCAAUAAGGGGGUGAUGGGCCAGGGGGAAACGUCUUGCUGCUGCUGGCCCCCCAGCUCCCCUUCCCUCUUGCCAUUGUGGUGGCAUUGGAGGGAUGGGAGAGACUCCUGUUGUGACUGAAUGUAACCUACCCUGCCCCUGCCACAGCCAAUGCAGGGGAAGGGAGGGCACUUGUCUCUUCCUACCCCUUCCCCCAGCUAAAGAGACUGAACUUGGGGGCCCAUGAGCCUGGAGAGGCCUUACCCCUGUGAGGAAGUGUAGGGGGGCCCUCUCCCACCCCAUCCCCUCUGAGAGUGAUCAAUGUUUACAAGACCUGAGCCCCCACCCAGGGACUCAGAUCCCCCCCAUCUUAAUCCUUUCCCCAUCCCAGUCUUACAGGGCCCCGCUGCCCCACCCUACCCCCUUGGGGUUCAGGGUAGUGUGGGUGUCCUGUGUAUCCCAGUUUACCCUACCUCUACCUUGUGUGACUUCCCCAGUACCCACUCUUGUAAAUACUCCCAAUAAAACUUGGUGUGUUCUCCCAGUCUA